AUGGCAGACACGGUGAGACAACCUAUCGACAUUGUGCGGCUAAGCACGUACAUCAAGCAAAAUGUGGCCCAAAUUGCUCUUCCAAUCAGUCUGAAACAGUUUGGCCAUGGACAGUCUAACCCAACGUACGAGGUCACGUCGGCGACAGGAGCGAAAUUCGUCUUGAGAAAGAAGCCACCGGGAGAGCUGCUGUCCAAAAGCGCACAUGCUAUUGAGCGAGAGUAUGAGAUUAUCAAAGCCCUGGAGACUACCAAUGUCCCUGUUCCCAAGGUGUAUUGUCUCUGCAACGACAGUUCGAUCGUUGGCACGCCAUUCUACGUGAUGGAAUUCCUGGAUGGCAGAAUUUUCGAGGAGGCAUGGCUUCCCGGUAUCCCUCCGCAAAAGCGCAGUGCAAUCUGGAAGGAGGCUGUUGACACGUUGGCCAAGCUUCAUUCGGUCGACCUGUCCCAGAUUGGCCUGGGUACCUGGAAGAAGUCUACGAGCUUUUAUUCCCGCCAGGUCAAGUCUUUAUCUCGGACAUCCGAAGCCCAGGCGAGCACAACUAGUCCAUCGGGUAAACAGGCUGUCGGGAAGCUGCCCCAUUACGAAGAGAUGGUCAGCUUCUUUGCAGACGCCAACUCGCACCCCCCAGACACACGAAGACUGGUGCACGGAGACUUCAAACUCGACAAUCUGGUCUUUCACAAGACAGAACCCAGAGUGAUUGGGAUUCUAGAUUGGGAGAUGGCGACCGAAGGCCAUCCGCUAUCGGAUCUGGUCAACUUACUCAUGCCAUUUAGCUGGAACCCACAGCAAGUGUCAUUCCUAACAUCCGAGACAUUGACUGCAGAGCUGAAGGAGCUGCAAGAGAACUUCUGGUCGAACAGUAUCCCCGGGAUUCCCAGCAUGAAGCAGUGCCUGACGUGGUACUGGGGCGGCGUUGACUGGGCCGCGACCGGCUUUCUGGACUGGGGCAUAGCAUUUAGCAACUUUCGAACAUCCGUGAUUAUGCAGGGAAUCGCGGCCAGGAUCGUAAGAGGCCAGGCGAGCGGUGCCAAGGCGAGACAGUUUGCUCAGCAAACACUGGCGUAUGCCUCGUGGGCGUACGCGCGAGUCGCGAGACUGCAGCAGGAGAAGCGAGUACUGAUCACGAUGCGAGCUGUUGUCUUCAAAGGAGUCAAGCAAGUUGCGCUUGAGGAUCGACCUAAGCCCGUCAUUCAGCAUCCCACCGAUAUCAUCGUCAAGGUCAAAUACACAGCGCUAUGCGGCAGCGAGCUUCAUGUCUUUCGCGGACAUCAGCCCUCCGGAACUGGAUUUAUCAUGGGCCAUGAAUUCACUGGCCUGAUCGAUGAAAUUGGCUCCGAUGUCAAGAGCCUGAAGGUGGGCGACGCCAUCGUCAGUCCUUUCACCGCCGAGUACGUGAGAAUACCCUAUGCCGAGACCACCGUUGUCAAGGCUCCGAAAGAGGUGGAUGACGUCAAGCUUUGUCUGAUGGCUGAUAUAUUUCCGACUGGCUGUUUCGCUGCUUCUAACGGUCUCGGCCAUCUCGACAAGAAGCACGCCGAGGACAGCCUCGUGGUCGUCAUCGGCUGCGGCCCGGUUGGUAUCUGCGCUCUGAUUGCUGCACUCGAGUACAAGCCCAGAGCUAUCCUAGCGGUAGACGGCAUCGAGCCGAGACUGGAUCUUGCCAAAAGCCUCGGUGCUGAGCCGUGGAACUACCUCACACAGAAAGACGAGUUGGAACAACGUGUCAAGGAGUUGAGUGGCGGCCGUGGUGCCGACGUGGUCAUUGAGGUCGUGGGACACAGUUCUGCGCUCAAGAUGGGUUUCGAGCUUCUUCGGCCUUGGGGCACCAUCUCUAGCGUCGGUGUCCACAAUGGCGAGAUCCCGUGGACUGGAAACCAAGCUUAUGGCAAGAACCUCACCAUCAAGAUGGGAAGAUGCCCAGUCCGAAGCGUCUUCACCGAGGCAUUGGAACUACUCGCAAAGAAACAGCAUCUACUAGAUUUCAUGACGGCGACGGUGAUGCCUCUGAGCAAUGCCCUUGAAGGAUACGAGUUGUUCGACUCAAUGAAAGUCCAAAAGGUCAUAUUUGAUGCUGAGAAGUAA